AUGACACUAUGCGGAUGGCCGACGGAAUGUACCGAGAUCAGCUGCUGCGAGUCAUAUAUUUUUAGGCUUUAUCUAUUGAUUUUUACAUUCCAUACAAUCGUAUUAUUAUUAUCCUGCUACCCAAUAAUUGGAGCUACGGAAGAGAAACGCCGAAAUCGUCUUCGUCGUCAAGACACUGAAGAGCAGCACAGAAUCGAUGAAAGAUCCUUCGAGGAAACGAAAUAUUUGCGCAGAUUCUCUGAACUCAAGUAG